CGGCAUCAGAAGCUGAGACGUCCAAGCAGGGAGCAUCUUGUACCACUUCACACCACGGUCUACUGUUUUUACUCACUAAACAGCAGGUAUAAUGACGCACCAGUACCCUGCAUUUACUGCUGAGCAGAAGAAGGAGCUGCAGGACAUUGCCCAGCGCAUUGUUGCGUCUGGCAAGGGCAUCCUCGCUGCAGAUGAGUCCACAGGCAGCAUGACCAAGCGCUUUAACCCCAUUGGCGUUGAGAACACAGAGGAGAACCGCCGUCUGUAUCGGCAGCUCCUCUUCACAGCUGACGAGCGCAUUGACAGCUGCAUUGGUGGGGUUAUCUUCUUCCAUGAAACACUGUACCAGAAGGCAGAUGAUGGCACACCCUUUGUCAAGAUGAUCAAGGACAGAGGCAUUGUUGUGGGCAUCAAGGUUGACAAAGGUGUCGUCCCUCUUGCAGGAACCAAUGGUGAAACCACAACACAGGGACUGGAUGGUCUGUCUGAACGCUGUGCUCAGUAUAAGAAGGAUGGUGCUGACUUUGCCAAGUGGCGUUGUGUGCUGAAGAUCAGUGAGACCACACCUUCAGAACUGGCGAUCAUGGAGAAUGCUAAUGUCCUGGCCCGUUAUGCCAGCAUCUGCCAGCAGAAUGGCAUUGUGCCCAUUGUGGAGCCAGAGAUCCUCCCUGAUGGAGAUCAUGAUCUUAAACGCUGCCAGUACGUCACUGAAAAGGUUCUUGCUGCCUGCUACAAGGCACUGUCUGACCACCAUGUCUACCUGGAGGGCACCCUGCUCAAACCCAACAUGGUGACUGCAGGACACUCCUGCCCCACCAAAUUUAGCAAUCAGGAGAUUGCCAUGGCAACAGUCACUGCUCUGCGCCGCACCGUUCCUCCCGCCGUUACAGGAGUGACCUUCCUCUCUGGAGGGCAGAGUGAAGAGGAGGCCUCAAUCAACCUGAAUGCUAUUAACACCUGCCCACUGAACAAGCCAUGGGCUCUUACCUUUUCAUACGGCCGUGCCCUGCAGGCCUCCGCCCUCAACGCCUGGCGUGGUGUCAAAGAUAACGAAAAGGCUGCCACUGAGGAGUUCAUCAAGCGUGCUCAGGCUAAUAGCUUGUCUGCUCAGGGCAAGUAUGUAUCCAGCGGAACUGGCGGGGCUACAGGACAGUCUCUGUACGUGGCCAACCAUGCCUACUAAACAUUCCCUUGUCACUUUCUCUAGCUUUCGUCGACCAGUAGUAUCUCCCAGCCUCUGCUGCUCUUUGUUUCACUGACCCAUCACAGGUCUGUGCUGUUGUCUGUGCAAAAGUUACCAUUGAAACGUUGUCUAGUUCAAAUUUUCUCAAAACGAUAGUGAAUGCUAAAAAUACAAACAGAAGCUUAAAAGGGCAUUUUGUGAAACUGUCUUUAAAAUAUUGAUCAAAUAGUGUUGCCUGCAUGGCCAGAUAUUAUUGACUGAUUUAAAUUGUAUUAACUAGUUCAGGUAUUCUGUUUGAGCACGGUUACUCCAGGUUCUGUGGUUUCUAACAUAGAGCAACUGGUAAAUUCUAGUCAUUCCAUGUUCAGUCACAGCCACUCCAAUUGAUCUGCUGUGCUACUGAGUGCAGUUAAAGUAAAUCAGGAGCAGAAUCCUUUAGAUUCAGGUUUGUGUGUGUAAGAAUAAAAGGGAGUUUUGUGUGUGUGUGUGUGUGUGUGUGUGUGUGUGUGUGUGUGUGUGUGUGUAGUUCAAUUCACUUGUGUUUGAAUACUGUUACCGAACAAUCGACAUACACACACUGAAAAGCAUUAUUUACUGUUCACAUCUAUAAUAGUCAGGAGGUGUUGGUUGUCUGUAAUACACAAAAAUACUAAUUUAACUCAUUUGAAAUACAUGUGAUUAUCUGUGCUGUAUUGUAUAGUAUGCUUGAAUGUAUUAUGUUCCCCUUGUAUCAGUGGCUAUGUUUACAUGCAGCCUAAUAAUAAUCAGACUGAUAGCUCAAUAAGAAUAGAAAAUGUAUGUGUACAUCUUGAUCUGAAUAGGGUAAUCCAAUCUGAAUUAAAUGAGUUAUCCAUUAAUAUGUUUAGUACAUAUUAAUACAUUUUAUCAAAUUCAAAAUCUCUUCAAGCUGCACCAGUUAUGUGUGUUAAUCAGCUUGAUAAAAAGAAACCUGAGCCCAAGUUUGCCGUAUGUGUUUUCUGACCAAACUACUAGAAGUUAGCGAUUAAAUCUUUGCAUGUAAGUGUAGCCAGUGUGACAGAGUGGUACAGAUGGUAAAGUAUGUUGAUGUAUGCCAGGAAACAGACUUUGGAGUGUGUAGGGAGAAAUUACUGCUUAUUUAGAUUAACUGUAAUGUUUUGUGGUGUCCUUUAAGCACUUGGUGUGUCCUGCAGAAAACUAAAAUAUAUAAUAUUUAAAUUUCAAA